AUGCGUCUGUCCGAAAGGACAGGAUGGGAUGGUCGGGUGUGUAGUGCAGACGUUGAUGAGUGUAAGGAGCGUCCAUGUCAAAGAGGGGAAGCGUGUCAUAAUAAUCAGGGUAGCUAUGCGUGUAUUGCGGAGCAUUUCGGAUCUCUGUCUACUCCCUCAACUACUACUCAUGUCCAGGCAGCAACUAUUGUAGAGAAUCUGAUUUUCUCCCUAUUCAAAAGGUCUGAAACUGGAAGAUGCCAUCCGUCCAGGCUGACAAGCAGUGGCUGGAACAUCUCCAUUGAUUUGUCAAUACUUAAACAACUGUAUCCAACGGUAACACCAAGUAAUAUUUAUUUUGGAGAUAAUUCUUGCCGUGGAAAAGUCAUUAGGACAACUUUGGUAUUUCAGCAAGGCUUCCGAGACUGCCUGACAAGUGAAAGGGUAUCUAGUGACACGCUGUUAUAUGAAAAUGAUUUGUUCUACGCAAUUUAUGAUCCAAUUAAUCCAUUUAUAAUACGUCAACAUAAAUGGACUUUUACCGUUGAAUAUGACGUCAGCCGUAAUGAAGCAACGUCUUCCCAUGUCCAUCAUGACGUCGAUGCACACCAUGCCGCCGUUGCUAGUCAUUACGAUAUCAAAAUGACAUUCUUUAAAGAUGCAAAUUUCAUGAAUCAGAUAGCAGGAAAUCCAGUUCACGCAAGCAUUGGUGAUGAUAUAUACGUAAAGGUAUUUACUAGUGCAGCUGACUGGACCGUAAAAAUGCGACUUCAUACCUGCUAUACAAAACCUACAGACGAUGCUGCUGAUGAUAUGACAUAUUUCUUUAUCAAAGACGGAUGCGAGGUAGACAGUAAUACGCACAUCAUAUCCCAGUCAACGCACGAGACGAGAUUCGUGUUCCGGGACUUUGAGUAUUCUACAAACAAGGAAGGUCUUAACAUCUACUGUAAUGCCACGUUUUGUGAAACCAAAGAUUAUUCUCCAGGAAUAGCGCAGUCUUGUGUAUCGCAGGGAACACAAGCUCUUGUUGGAAAAUAA